UUUUGUGUUUCACUUGUAUGUUAUUGUUAUGUUUAAAUUUAAAUUGUGCGUUAUUAUUUUGUGCGCUGUUCUAGUAUCGAGUAAUAAAUACUGUAAGAUAUGUUUAAAUCAUACAAUGUGCAAAUAUACAGUUUCAAGACCACAUCACAGGUGUACGGGAUUUGAACACAAUCUCACAGACAAUGAUAUCAAGGAUAUUGUAGACAGAAUAAAUGAAAAGAGAAAUUAUGUUGCGAUGGGAUAUUUGAGAGGGUUUCCUCAAGCCGCAAAUAUGAAGAAAAUUACAUGGUCCAGUGAAUUGGCGGAGAUUGCCCAACGUUGGGCAAACCAGUGUGAUCCAUCAAUCAUGCCGGACAAAGAGGACGACUGUAGAGAUUUAGAAGGAACGAAAGUUGGACAAAACAUAGCAACUGUUACGGGGGUAACCAACGAAUUGAAUGUGAAAAAUUUUAUCGAUAUAUGGUUUAUGGAAUCGCUUGCUUUUAGAGGAAAUGUUGUGUACUAUAAUUCGUCAGAAAAUAAUAAAUGUAAUAACUUCGUACAGUUAAUUUGGGCCCCAACAAAUAAUGUCGGUUGCGGAAGAGCCGUCUUUCACAUUAGGAUGAAUGGUAUUCGUCGACGGGUUGAUAGAUUGGUUUGCAACUUUAUGCCUAAAGGAAAUAUUGACCGUCGUCCCAUUUACACUAUUGGUUUGCCCGCAACGCAGUGUGUUGAGCGUUUGGAACCGGAUAAAAUAUAUCCAGGGCUAUGCUCUCCUGAUAACGGGUUAACAACGCCAACUAGUUUGCUUAUUAAUCCAGUCACGAGUGAAAUUGAUCCUAUCAGAUAUCUUCAUAACGAUAUGGUAAAGGAUUUAAUUAGUGGUCAAAAUACUGAAAACAGUAAAAAAUAUUCUGUUUCAGUUUUAAAGAGGGAUAAUAAGGAGGUACGCUGGAGCCCACCUAAUGCUGGAAGAACUGAGAGUCAUAUUAUCCAAAGAGAAAGAGGGCAUUCCCGCAUAUAUCAUAGUCAUGAUCACACCGAUGAGUUUGAUUAUCUGCAUCCGGAUCAAAGUCAAUUUAGAAAGUUCGAUACCGCAAGCCCUAUUCCGGAAUAUUAUUCAACUGGAUUUUAUAGAAGAAAUCGCGUUCAACAAUGCACUCGGAAAUCUGAUACAAAGAUUUCAAACGAUUACGUGUCACCCACUUGUUGGACUUCAUUUAGUCCACUAAAGCUGUGCACUAGGGGACAGAAUAAUAAUUGUGCUGCAUACGAUCAAAAAAUGGAUACUACUACCAAACAAUUCUUUUGCCAGAAUACACAAAAUCUUUGCCAAUGUCAAUCUUUAACCUCAGUUCAUCUAUCACCAUGCCUUCAAAACAAUAAUUGUGAAUGUAUAACAGCCGGUCAACAAUCAAACAACUGUCCAAUGAGGAGAAAUUUGGAAGAACACAGGCCAAGUAAAAUCUUAAUAGAUGAAUAUAAAAAACCUUACGAUAAGUAUGCUGCGAAUGAUUACAGCUUGUUUGAUACACCAAAAACAGAAUUAAAAUUCAAAGAUAACGAAUUUCCGAAAUCAGAUGUACCUACACGAUUUUUAUUACGAAAAUCCAAAAAGUUGCUCGAUUCAAGGUAGAAAG